AUGUAUUCAGUUCAAAUAAAACAAAUUGAAUAAGUUUAAUAACUACCAUAUAAAUAAGCUCCAACUCCAUAAUAAUAAUAACCUUUAUAAACUGUAGGAAGAUGUUAAGGUAGGAUUCCAGUUGCUCGAGGAGUAGAAGGUACUGAAAAUAUGGGAUCUAAGAGGAAUGGGAGGAUUUGGUGGACCCAGAGAAAUAGGAGGAUAAGGCGGUAUGGGAAUGA